UCCAAUCAGCAGGGCAUGGCCAACCAAAGAAAGCUGGUCUGGGACUGCAGUACAUCCAUCCCCGGCUCUACAAAAGGCCAGGUGCUCCGGCCAGUAUCCCAGUCCUGGAAACUCUUGGCCCACGACGCUGAGGUCCCUGAACACACACUGGAUGCACCGAUGGACUCCACAACUGAAGCUCAGCUAUCAGGCAAUAGCCAAGAGGCUUCAAGAGACUCUUACCUUGAAGCAAUGGAAGAGCUUGAGGCAUUUUUCCAGGAACUCAAUGAUACAUAUGGGACAGAAACCUCAGCGGCACCAGAGGCAGAACUCUGUGCACCCCUGACUGCUCAUGAAGAGGACAACCAAAAGGAGCCCAUGCAGAACCAGAAACCCACAACUGAGGAUCUAGUUCAGUUAUCAGGCAACAGCAAAGAGGCUUCUAUGACGUCUUACUUUCCGACACUUGAGGACAUUGAGGAGUUUCUCCAGGAGGUCAAUGAGACAUAUAGAACAAGAAUCCUGGCUGCACCAGAGUCAGACCUCUGUGUACCUCUGACUGCCCAUGAUGACGUCAGCCAAAAGGAGUCCCUGCAGAAGCAGGUGACCUCCUUUGAUGAGAGAAACCCUGCAGCAGCAUCCCAGUUGAUGGAUGUCACUGACACUCUUAAGACAUUCAUCUCUGAUUGUCAAGCAACAGCCGUUAAUGCAAACAAGUUGACAGUCCCCAGUGAGAAGAGCCAGAUGAAGACCCUCAGUGAUGACCAGAGCCUCUAUGGAAGCCAGAUGGCCUUCAGUGGGGUCCAAACUACCUAUCUGGGUCAGAGGAAGAAACUCAGUGAUGAAGACACUCCCCAUCGAGUCUAUAUGAUGCCACUUUCCUCAGCAUCAUUGCUAUAUCCUAGAAUUCUGUAUGUUGCCAGUUCUCAUUUGAUCCAAGGACAACCUGUAGAAACGCAGAAGUGGAAUCCCAAGAUUCAGAGGUGUCCGUUGCAGAAGAGGCCUGACAUUUUGAGGCCCUACAUCUGCACCUAUAAGAACUGUGGGAAAGCGUAUGCCAAAUCUUCCCACCUGCGGAUCCAUGAGCGUGUGCACACAGGAGAGAAGCCCUAUAAAUGUAACGUGAAUGGAUGCAUGUGGGCAUUCUCCCGUUCAUCUGAGCUCAACAGACACAAGAAAAGGCACACAAGGGAGCGGCCCUACCUGUGUACUAUAUGCGACAAAGCCUUUGCCCGAUCUGAUCACUUAAAGCAGCAUCAGAAAGUCCACAGAUGAAUUUCUCCCAUGAUUACAAGCCCAGCAGCCUUUGAGGAAAGGACUUGAACUGAAAGAAUCUCCCUGCUAAGAUUUUGCUUGGCACCUAGCACUGUGCCAGCACAUAAUAGAUGCUUAAUAUUAGUUGUAAAUUUUAAGGUUUUCAUUAAUUUUUGUAUAAAUGUAAUGUAUAAAGAAUAUGUGUAUGCAUUUCAGUAGAAUCAGAAGCACUCUGCAUUGA